UCAUUAGAAAAUCUCAAGGAUUUUAACUACCUUUAAUUUUUUUCCCUCUUUGAGCUGUUUGUCCCAGCCCAUACAUCGAAGUAUAUAUACCGAUAAGAGAAUGUCGAGUUAAUGGUAGUGUGUAACUAGCUGAACGUCGAAAUAUUUCAGUAGCAACAUUGAAGAGGGGUGUAUUUUAUGAGUAAACUACAAUCUAUGAUGUGUAAGCUCUUUGUGGUAUGUAGUUUGCUCGCGGUAUGUCUACAGACAACAGUUUCUUUGGAGUGUUCUUAUUCGCUGGGUGUGGAAAAAUACAUAAUCCCAGACAGUUCUCUAACAGCUUCAUCCGAGAUAGAUUACUGGCAGGGCGCGGCUCAAGCCAGACUCAACCUCGUACCAUACUACACAUGGUACCCCAGUGGGUGGACGCCCGGUGCUAACGAUGGUCACCCUUGGUUACAAAUCUACCUGAAGCACCCAUACGUGGUGACGGGCAUCGCUACCCAAGGAAGAGGUAGCCUGAAUGUUGUGCAGGACUGGGUCAGGAGUUAUAAUUUAUCGUAUAGUAUGGACGGGAAAACUUGGAAGUUUUGCAGAUCGAAUGUUGGAUCGAUAAAGGUUUUCCCUGGUAAUACAGAUGCCAACACAGUAAGAAAGAACACCAUUAGCCCUCCUUUCACAGCGACUUACGUUAGAAUAAACCCCUUGACGUGGAGUGGACAGCCAUCUUUAAGAGUUGAACUUUAUGGCUGUCUAGAUUCGCGCUAUUGUGGAGCCAAACUAGGAAUGCAAAAUGGCAGCAUCCCAGACAAACACAUCACAUCCUCGACUCAACUCAGCGCGCUCUACGCCGCUUCUCAAGGCCGACUUAACAACGUUCCCUCCGCGCUGUCUGGCGGCUGUUGGAGGACAGGUGAUAUGGACUACUCUCCGUGGCUUGCGGUAAACUUARGAAAAAUUUUCAAAGUCAUGGCUAUUGGGACGCAAGGGAACCCUGUGGCAGAUGAGUGGGUGACUUACUAUUAUGUGCGCUUUGGUCACGAUGGUAUUCACUGGAACUAUAUCUAUGAUGCAGACAUGAUUAAGUAUUAUAUCGGGAAUGAAGAUCGCAACACCAAGACCCAGAACGUCCUUGACCAGCCAAUCAUCUCCCAGUACAUCAGAAUCGAUCCUAUCUUGUGGAAUGGAGAAAGAGUAGCCUUGAGAGUCGAAUUCUUUGGCUGCAUGUCAGUCAACAAAUGCUUCCUUUCUUUGGGAAUGGAAGACCGACGUAUCCCGGACGCCUCUCUAUCGGCGUCUUCAGCCUUGAGCAACACUAACAGCCCUACUUACAGCCGACUACAUAACCAGGUGGCAUUUCAAUCGCUUACUGGAUGGUCCCCUUCAACCACGGACCAGAACCCUUGGCUCCAAAUCUCCCUGGGGCAAUUGGCGAUCGUUGCUGGUGUUGGUAUACAAGGAGGGUCUGUUCAGAACUGGUGGGAGACGGGGAAAUGGGUGACUUCUUAUAAGGUUGGGUAUUCUAAAGAUGGAAUCACAUGGAUGACGUACAGUGUCAAUGGUGUUGAUAAGAUAUUUCCUGGUAAUACAGAUAGUACUUCAGUAGUGACGAACACUUUUCCAACACCAAUAAAAGCACUCAAAAUCCGAAUCUACCCAAAAACCUGGAACGGUGGAGCAUACCUGAGGAUGGAGCUUUACGGAUGCCGAGAAAAUCAGAGUGUUGCCGUUGAUCACUGCGAUAGUAAUCCCUGUAAGAACAAUGCUACAUGCGUUGAUCACGUGGCCAACUAUACCUGCACAUGUGCUAGUGGUUUUACUGGAAGGAAUUGUGGAACAGAUAUCGAUGAUUGUAACCCGAACCCUUGUAGGAAUGGUGCAACCUGCACAGAUCUGGUAAACGGUUAUAUUUGUGCGUGUAGAACUGGCUUCACAGGACAAAACUGCGAGACAGAUAUUGACGAUUGUCAGAGUUCACCAUGUAGAAAUUAUGCAACAUGUACUGAUCUUGUGAACAACUACACCUGUGCAUGCGCAAGUGGUUUUACUGGAAGAAACUGUGAAAUAGAUAUCAAUGAAUGUCAGUCCAACCCUUGCAUGAACAAUGCAACAUGUAUUGAUCACAUGAACAACUACACCUGUGCAUGCGCAAGUGGUUUUACUGGGACAAACUGCGAAAUAGAUAUCGACGACUGUCAAGGAACUCCGUGCAGGAAUCGAGCGACAUGCAUUGAUCACGUAAACAACUACACUUGCGCAUGCGCACUUGGCUUUACUGGAAGAAAUUGCGAAAUAGACAUUGACGACUGCCAAAGCUCUCCUUGCAAGAACAGAGCAACUUGUACUGAUCACGUGAACAACUACACCUGUGCAUGUGACAGUGGUUUUACUGGAAGAAACUGUGAAAUAGAUAUUAAUGAAUGUCAAUCUACCCCAUGCAAAAACCAAGCAACAUGCAUUGACCAGGUCAACAACUACACCUGCGCAUGCGCUAACGGAUUUUCGGGGAGAAACUGUGAGAUAGAUAUAGACGACUGCGAAAAUUUUCCUUGUGAAAAUAAUGCCACAUGCAUUGAUCACGUGUACAACUAUACGUGCUCAUGUGUUAGUGGCUUUACUGGCAGGAAUUGUGAGAUUAAUUUUGAUGAAUGUCAAAGUACACCUUGUCAAAACAAUGCAACGUGCAUAGAUCACGUGAACAGCUACACCUGCUCAUGCGCAAGUGGUUUUACUGGAAGUAAUUGCGAAACAGAUAUCGAUGAUUGCUUGCCAAAACCCUGUGAAAACAAUGCAACAUGUACUGAUCUCGUGAACAACUACACCUGUGCAUGUGCAAGUGGUUUUACUGGAAGAAACUGCGAAAUAGAUGUAAACGAAUGUCAAAGUGAACCAUGUCUCAAUAAUGCAACAUGUACUGAUCACGUGAACAACUACACCUGUUCAUGUGCCAGUGGUUUUACUGGGGAAAGAUGUGAAACAGACAUUGAUGAAUGCCAAAGCUCACCUUGUCAAAAUAAUGGAACUUGCAUAGAUGAAGUAAAUGGUUAUAUAUGCAGCUGUACUAGUAAAUACAUCGGGGAGCAAUGUGAAGAGGUUAAAACGCACUGUUCCAGUAAUCCCUGUAUGAAUGGUGGAAUUUGUGUCAACAAACCUACAACAUACUGGUGCCAGUGUUUGUAUGGUUAUGACGGCAAUCAGUGUGAAAUAGUUCUAAACCCAAACAAGGAAUGUGGUCGCCGAGUGCAGGCUCGUAUCGUGGGCGGUGAGUCCGCAUUUCCCGGUUCAUGGCCGUGGCAGGUUGGCCUCCUUGCAAAAGAAGACAAAAAACAUUACUGCGGCGGCACGUUGAUCUCAAAGGAAUGGAUCGUUACUGCUGGGCACUGUGUUCUUUUUAGAGAACCCGACGAGAUUUUGGUGGUCCUGGGAGAAUAUGAUCUCAGUGUGGCUGAAGGAAACGAGGUGAUAAAGAACGUAUCUACUAUCAUCAGCCACCCUCUCUAUCGUUGGUGGACGAGUGAUUAUGACAUCGCACUGAUCAAAAUAACUGAACCCCUUAAAAUGUAUAAUCGGUUUAUAUACCCGAUCUGUUUGCCUCUUAACACCGAACUCCCUCCUGCAGGAACGCAAUUCACUAUCACGGGAUUCGGGAAGCUCGCCCACGGAGGUGCUGCCGCGAAAAGAUUACAACAAGCAAUCGUACCAUUGAUCUCGCAUGAUUUAUGUAAGAAGACCUAUGAAGGGAAAGCUAUUAUCACUGAUAGGAUGAUGUGUGCGGGUCAUGCGGAGGGUGGGAUUGACUCAUGUCAGGGAGACAGUGGGGGACCCUUUAUCAAGGAGAAGUCCAAUUACUGCUGGUACUUGUAUGGGGUAAUAAGUUGGGGUAUAGGAUGUGCUAACCCGAACUCUUACGGGGUGUACACUAAUGUACUUAUAGCAAGAAGCUGGAUAAAGAAUCAAACUAAUGUCUAGGCAUGCAAAGAAAAGAAUAACUAAACCUCUAUAAAGCGACCACUUUUCGCACGAGUGGUCGCUUUGCAGAGGUCCGAAUUUUAAAGUAAACUAUYUUUCGUGGUACAUAAGGAUUUGCAUCACGUCUCUAUCAUCAAGAGCGCGCGGUUAAAGCAAAUUUAAUAAAGUUAAUAAAGUUCCGUGUGGAAAACAAUAGGAAAAUACUGGUUUCUAACAUCUGGGGAUUCCCGGCAGAUUUUAAACGACCGUGAUCCUAAAAUCCUGAUGCCACGUCUUGAAUCUAAUCUCCAUAUCUUGGAUUCCAGAUUCCGCAUGUUAAAUUUCAAAUUUCACAUCUUUAUUUCUAGAUUCCUCAUCUUAUGUAGACCAUUUGCAACAAAUAAAAGAAAUAAAAUAGUUAUAAAAGGAA